GACAAUCAUAACCUAAAAACACAACUGUCAAAAACCAGAGACAAUGUGGAACCCAAACGCCAUAGACAACAGGCAGCUAGAGAAGCGGGUCAUCGUCGGACGGGUCCGACCGACGUGGGCACGGAACCUGCCAGAGACAAGAGAGGAUGAGGAUAAGAAUGAGGAGAUUGGGGUCAUGCCGCAUAGUGAGCCCCCGUCGCCGACGGAGCCCUGGCAGCAGGGGAAGCAGGAAGAUAAAUAUGACGCUUUUGGGAAGGUGAUGCUGCUGGGCGACAGCGGCGUCGGCAAGACGUGCAUGCUAGUCCGCUUCCGCGACGGCACGUUCCUUGCCGGAAACUACAUAUCCACCGUCGGCAUCGACUUCCGGAACAAGGUAGUGACGGUCGACGGCAUCAAGGUAAAACUUCAGAUUUGGGACACCGCGGGCCAGGAGCGCUUUCGGAGCGUCACGCACGCAUACUACAGAGACGCUCAUGCGUUGCUGCUGCUGUAUGACGUCACGAACAAAACCAGCUUCGACAACAUUCGGGCCUGGCUCGGGGAGAUUCGGGAGUACGCGCAGGAUGAUGUCGUUAUUAUGCUAUUAGGUAACAAAUCCGACAGCGGCCUAGAGCGGGCGGUGAGGCGGGAGGAGGGGCAGCGCCUAGCCAGGGAAUACCAAGUCUCCUUCAUGGAGACCUCGGCGAAAACAGGCCUGAACGUCGAAGCGGCGUUCGCCCACGUGGCGAGGGCGCUCGUGGCGAAGGCGAACCCAGCUGACCCCAACCGGCUCGCUGUACGGGCGCCGCCGGUGCAAGAGCAGAGAUCCUCGUGUCCACCUUGUACUUAAGACU